AUGAACCUCUGCUCCAAGCUCCUCGCGUUACUCCGCAAGUCCCGCGCGCUCACCACCAUGGCCGCCGCCGCCGCCGCCGCGACGGCCUCCGCGACGGCCAACGGGAUGGAGGAGGCGGCAGCGGGCCCGCUGCGCACGCGCGUCUGCAUCAUCGGCAGCGGCCCCGCCGCGCACACGGCGGCCGUCUAUGCCGCGCGCGCCGAGCUCAAGCUUGUGCUCUUCGAGGGCUGGCUCGCCAACGACAUCGCUGCGGGGGGCCAGCUCACCGCCACCACCGACGUCGAGAACUUCCCGGGGUUCCCCGGGGGCAUCCUCGGUGCCGAGCUCAUGGACCGCUGCCGCGCACAGUCGGCCAGGUUCGGGACCAAGAUCCUCACCGAGACCGUCACCUCCGUCGACUUCUCCGCUCGCCCCUUCCGCGUCGCCUCCGACGACACCGUCGUGCACGCAGACGCAAAUCGGCGCGCGGAGAGAUGGGCCCACAGGGAGCACCCGCCGCGCGCGGAGACCGGGUGA